AUGAAUGGAACUGUCGGUAAUCCCACCAUCCAUUCAGCAGUGACCGGCCGAGUGGCCGCCCGUUUCGGCUAUGGUGAGUUCGGUUGGAUGAGGGCCGGCACAUGUGUUCAUUUAUCGGCUCAGUCCCUCUCGGAAGCUUUCAAUGCCGACGACGAGGCGUUGCUCCAGUACCUCCUCGCGGUGAAGCGCCACGCCGCAGCCGUGAACAAGUUCAGCGAGGCGGAUUUCCUGAUGCGCAUUUUCUCCAAACGAGCCGCUGACGGUGCGCACUUACAAGAAGAUCUGGCCCAUAAUGCCUGGGACGCUUUGGACAUUAAAAAUUUCCACAACAAAGAGUGGAUCCAUGUUCCUCGGUCGAAGGAAACUGAGACUUUGAACAUCGCUUCCUUUCCGGAGCUCCUGCAAGAGCUAACGCCUGAAUUGCACAGUACUCUGGAGGGAGCUUAUGAUCUGGCUUCGAAAUCGGAGGCAUUGUCUCUUGACGCUUUGAGAGAGGCAAUGGAGCCCUUGGAGGCGGAACGCGCCAGCCGUCUUGACGUGCUGGAGACCGCCAAAAAAGCCCUGGACCUUGCCUGGAAGAAGUUCGACGAGAAGUACAAAGCCAGAGAAGUUCGGCUUGCCACCGAGCUCGGGGCGGGGCUUACCGCAGAAACGCUCUACAGACGCGCGGCUCGCGUUCCCCCUGCGGCCCCCAUGAUGGUCAUCACUAUCACCAAGCCGAUGCCGCUCCCCUUUGGCGGCUUCGUGCCAGCGCCGCCCGCCGUCGUCCCGGAAGAUGGGCACCAGGAACGUGUUCGCGGGCCGAGGAAGUCGGCUGACCAGGAAGUCGACACCACUAUGGACGCCACGCAACGGUAUAACACUUCGGUGCAACAAGCCGACGGAUGGCUCGACAGCUGGAUAGACGCGAGUGACGCUGACGACUCAUCGACGCAAUCCCACAAGGACACUGCGGCAUCUGGAGGCCAUGCACCGCGUACGCAACCGGUCAUGCAAGAAGCUGAAGUGCAGUAUACUGGCGAAUCUGAAGACGAGAAGAAUCACGGUUACGACGGAUCCGAUGAGGCGACUAAUGCUGCUCGUGCCCCCGGCGACAACAUCACCCAGGAUGCGGGAACCACUCCGCCAACGCCGGCUCGCGAGGGUGUCGUCUACCACGGAUCCGAUGAGAAGGAGCGCGAGAAGGAGAAGGCUACUCGAUCGCCACCCGGCGACAACAUGGCCCAUAAUGCGGGAUCCAAGCCGCCGACGCCGGCUCGCGAGGGUGUCAUCGAGGACGCUGCACAGCGGAUACGAGCAACUGACAAGAAGGAGCAGAGAAGAAGAAGGAUGCUCAAUCACCACCCGGCGAAGAGA